GAGACAAGACAUAAUUUACCUCUGCAACCAUGGCUAUCCAGAAGAUUCACGCUCGCAGCAUCUACGACUCUCGUGGUAACCCAACUGUCGAAGUCGAUCUCAUCACCGAGACUGGACUCCACCGUGCUGCUGUGCCUUCAGGCGCCUCUACUGGUGUCCACGAGGCUCUUGAGCUCCGUGAUGGUGACAAAUCCAAAUGGGCUGGCAAGGGUGUGACACAGGCCGUGUCCAACAUCAACGACAAGAUUGCUCCUGCACUCAUCAAGGCUGGUCUCGACAUCAAGGACCAGACUGCCGUUGACAACUUCCUCAAUGACCUCGAUGGUACCACCAACAAGUCUGAGCUCGGUGCCAAUGCCAUUCUCGGUGUGUCGAUGGCUGUUUGCAGGGCUGCUGCCGCGGAGAAGAAAAUCCCUCUCUGGAAGCACAUUGCAGAGAUUGCCGGUACUAUCCCGAAGGACGGCAAGUACACAUUGCCUGUGCCUGCAUUCAACGUCAUCAACGGUGGUUCUCACGCCGGCGGUGCACUUGCCUUCCAGGAAUUCAUGAUUCUUCCCGUUGGCGCUGCUUCGUUCUCUGAGGCUAUGCGUCAAGGUGCUGAAGUCUACGCAAUCCUCAAGACCCUCACGAAAAAGAAGUACGGCCAGUCUGCAGGCAAUGUCGGUGACGAAGGUGGUGUCGCACCGGAUAUCGGUUCUGCUGAAGAAGCACUUGACCUCAUCAUGGCAGCCGUCGACACGGCUGGCUACACUGACAGCAUCAAGAUUGCUAUGGACGUGGCUUCGUCCGAGUUCUACAAGGAUGGCAAGUACGACCUUGACUUCAAGAACCCCGACAGUGACAAGAGCAAGUGGAUCACCAGUGCGCAGCUCGCUGAUGAGUACCUCUCCCUCUGCAAGAAGUACCCAAUUGUUUCUAUUGAGGAUCCCUUUGACCAGGAUGACUGGGAGGGUUGGGUCGGACUUACUGCCCAGACCACCGCUCAAAUUGUCGGUGAUGACUUGACAGUGACAAACCCCAAGCGUAUUGAGACUGCCAUCGAGAAGAAGGCAUGCACUGCCUUGUUGCUCAAGAUCAAUCAGAUUGGAAGCAUCACCGAGGCCAUCAAGGCUGCCAACGACUCCGUCGCUGCCGGCUGGGGUGUCAUGUGCUCCCACCGAUCCGGCGAGACGGAAGAUACAUUCAUUGCUGACUUGGUCGUUGGUCUUGGCUCUGGCCAGAUCAAGACUGGUGCGCCCUGCAGGUCGGAGCGAUUGGCCAAGUACAACGAGUUGCUCCGUAUUGAGGAGGAGCUUGGUGCCAACGCCAAGUAUGGCUACACGUUCAAGGCAUAAGCCGUGUUCUCGUCUCUCCUAUCAGAUAUAUCUUAUUAGCUAGCUGUGUUCUCGUCUGUCCAGUUACAUAUAUCUCCUAGCAAGAGUCUGUUUGCUGACUAGUCAAU